AUGCCUGCUGCAAGAAUCCCAACGCAACUGACUGUUCUUGCUGCUGCUGCAGUGGCAAGACCUCGAAGUGUUGUGGUGGUGGGUGCUGCUGCUGCGGAGACGACUGCAAGUGCUCUGAAGGCAAGUGCUGCUGCUGCGGAAAAGACGACUGCAAGUGCUGCAAGGGUACUUCUGGCAAGAGCGAAAAGUGCUGUGAUGGUACAUGCAAUUGCUGUGAUGAAGAUGCCUGCUGCAAGAAUCCCAACGCAACUGACUGUUCUUGCUGCUGCUGCAGUGGCAAGACCUCGAAGUGUUGUGGCGGUGGGUGCUGCUGCUGCGGAGACGACUGCAAGUGCUCUGAAGGCAAGGGCUGCUGCUGCGGAAAAGACGACUGCAAGUGCUGCAAGGGUACUUCUGGCAAGAGCGAAAAGUGCUGUGAUGGUACAUGCGAUUGUUGUGAUGAAGAUGCCUGCUGCAAGAAUCCCAACGCAACUGACUGUUCUUGCUGCUGCUGCAGUGGUAAGACCUCGAAGUGUUGUGGUGGUGGGUGCUGCUGCUGCGGAGACGACUGCAAGUGCUCUGAAGGCAAGGGCUGCUGCUGUGGAAAAGACGACUGCAAGUGCUGCAAGGGUACUUCUGGCAAGAGCGAAAAGUGCUGUGAUGGUACAUGCGAUUGUUGUGAUGAAGAUGCCUGCUGCAAGAAUCCCAAUGCAACUGAUUGCUCUUGCUGCUGCUGCAGUGGUAAGACGUCCAAGUGUUGUGGCGGUGGUUGCUGCUGCUGCGGAGACGACUGUAAGUGCUCUGAAGGAAAGGGCUGCUGCUGCGGAAAUGACGACUGCAAGUGCUGCGCAAAGAGUACUUGCAACGUUUCUGAUGAGGCCUCCGAGUGAGUACUUGCAACGUCUCUGA